AUGGCUUCCCAACUCCCCCCAUUCAAACACUUCAACGUGACAUUCCCCCAGGAAUACGUCGCGCACGUCGAGACCAACCGAGCCGACAAAAUGAACUCCUUCUUCGAGGCCAUGUGGGUAGAGCUGCGCACAAUCAUCGAUACCUUGUCACGACUCCCCACUGUGCGCGCCAUCGUCUUUUCUGGCGCUGGCGACCGCGCUUUCACCACUGGUCUCGACGUCAAGGCUGCCUCGCAGGGUAUUCUCGGUCCGUCAUCUACUACUGAUGCUGCGCGCGCGGCUUCGCAGAUGAGACGCGUGAUUGCCGAUUUCCAGGAUUGUGUUAGCAGUCUCGAGAGAUGCGAGAAACCCGUGAUUGUUGUCAUGCAUGGGUAUUCUUUCGGGCUGGCCAUUGACCUGAGCACGGCGGCUGAUAUCCGCGUGUGUGCGCGCGAUACAAAGUUCUCUGUCAAGGAGGUUGAUAUUGGUAUUGCGGCGGAUGUUGGCACGUUGAGUCGACUCCCCAAAGUAGUAGGCAAUUAUGGAUGGGUUAAGGAGGUUUGCUUGACAGCGAGAGUCUUUGGCGCCGAGGAAGCAUUGCGCGUGGGGUUUGUGAAUUCCGUGUUGGAUACCAAGAAGCAGGCAGUGGAUAAAGCUAUUGAGCUGGCCAGUCUGAUUGCCAGUAAGAGUCCCGUGGCUGUGCAGGGGACGAAGGAGUUGUUGGAUUUCUCGAGGGACCACCCUGUUCAAGAUGGCCUGCGAUACACCGGCGUGUGGAACGGUGCUGCAACGCAGACCAAGGAUGUCACUUCGGCGAUUCUGUCUGGGCUCGAGAAACGAGCACCUACAUUUGAAAAGCUGUGA